AUGGAUGACCUCGAAUUCCCAGCCGGUAUGAUGGUGCACCCCGAAGCGUCCGAGGAGGCGCAAAUCGUCUUUCUCCAGCUCGAAGCAGGUCAAGCUGCGCUCUGUCGACGUUGUUGGGACAAGACGGCUCUCUCCCAGCUCGUGCACUGCUCCAAUGCCUGCCACUUUUGUCGAACGUGCGUUCGUCAACAUGCACGACUCCGCUACAGCGCUUCGAGGUAUUGGCUCGGUUGCAUUUGCGCCGAGGGCACGUGUCAGGGACGCUUGUCGCAAAGUGAUUUGGGCAAGUUCUUACCCAGAUACCAAGCACUCGAUGAUCAGAUGAUGCUGGUACACGUCGCGCAAAUGAAAGACGUCAUCGCAGCCGAGAUAAAGGGGCUCGAGUGGUGCCCCCUUUGCCCCUUCGCCACCGUCGUCGAGUAUGGGCUGCGAGGAUCUCUGGUUUGUUCAAUGGGGUGUGGUACCUGGGAGCAAGGUCAGGUAAUGCUUUUUCCUGUCCUUCAAGAGUGGCACACAAAGGACACAACACAUUGAUGGCUGAUCCCGAUCGCGCCACACUUUGCGUAGUCGAGAGCACCCAUUUUCAUCGCAGAGGAGAUCGUUCCAGAGCCAUCGAAGCCAUCGCCCGUGAUCGCCCAGGAGUCCGAGUGCGCAUUCGUUGUACCAGACAUCCAAGAGGGGUCCAGCAAGGCGCAAGGGAGCUCUAGCGUCCUCUCGAUCUCACCGUCGGUUACUACCAGCACGUCCACCUUAACGGCGUCGGCGUCGACAUCGGCCUCUACACCGGCGAGCUCGGAACCACCCCCACCCUAUGUCCCCAAGACCAUCGUGUGUGCUUGUUGCUUCGACGACGAUCCUCUGCUCGAGACGACCCAAUGCUCAAAGGGCUGCGUCUUUUGCCUCGACUGCGCUCGCAAGUACGCCGAAACGCGCAUCGAAGAAAGUCAACACACCUUGCCGUGCAUGUCGACCACCGCGUGCAAGGGGCUCUUCACCGACAAAGAAGCGAUCCUGUUCCUCUCCCGAACGUCUUUCGCCCGACUUGAACAACUGCGACAGGAUUAUGAGAUUGAGCAAGCGCAGAUUCCUGGACUGGAGAAGUGUCCGUUCUGUCCUUAUGCCGUCGUCUUGGAUCCCCAUCACGGACGAAUUUUUCAGUGCUUGAUGCCUGACUGCGCCAUCAGCUCGUGCCGCCGGUGUAUGAGGGUUCGUCCCCGAGCACUGUGAGCUUAAUGAAGUGAUAAUAUACUGAACGGCGUUUGCUUUGCUACGCAGGAGGAUCAUAGCCCGAUGACGUGUAAAGAAGCAGCUGAGCACAAGCCUGCGCAAGCAAUCCACAAAGUCGCAGGUCAGCACCGUUGAUUCCUUUUUUCAGUUGAAUUCCAGAGCCCACCGACGGACCUUUGCUUCACGUGACUGCCACAGAGGCCAUGAGCGACGCCUUGAUUCGUCGUUGCCCUAACCUCAAGUGCGGCAAGACCUUCAUCAAGGAGCACGGUUGCAAUGUAGGUGCCACAGUUGUUUGGUUUCGACGUUCCCUCGCUGAUGAUCCAUCCGACGAAAGCACGUCGUUUGCACUGCGUGCCGAACCGAGUCAUGCUUCGUCUGCGGCGUCCUUGUAGGUCUUUUUGCCUCGUUAUGACCACUCGCUACGGGACGUCUGGCUGAUUCGACACUUCAUCGCAUGCUCACCGCUUGCAGGUCAAGGUACGACCAAUGUCCUGCUCUCCUGAACGUCAUGCGCAACCGACUGAACUUUUGAUCCUGACGGAACGUGCAGGGCUACGGCCACUGGCAACCUCCAUCUGCUUCAUGCCCGCUUUUCGACGACGGCGACAUGGCAGAUCGCGUCUCGGGCAACGUACCUUUUCCGAACCUCUCGAAUCCACUGACAAAGUCCCCUGCUGACGUAUUCGCCCACCCACAGAUCGAAUCGGCUUGGAGGUUCAGUACCUCGUUGGUCCUGCAAGAGAAUCCCGAGAUUGACGAACGCGAUCUCGAGAGUUUGAGAUUGGUCUCGAAAUGGAACCCUUCGCGACGGCGCUGA